AUGGCUUUUAUCGGUCUAUCGCGUGCGCAACAGAUUUUCUAUCCGGCGCUUAAGGCUCGCCAAAUCUCUGUGUUCGCUAAUGGACGACUGAAUGCGGUGACCUCGGUUGCAUUGGCCACACCAUUGCCGGCUACACGUGAUGCGCAAGGUAGACGCAUAAUUCAACGUCAGACGGUCGGUGGUCCGCGAGUGGGGGCACAGCAAUUACAACCUGUAGGCGGACAACAAUUGCAACCAUUGAGAGGACCACAAUUGCAACAUGUCGGUGUGGCACCAUUCCAGCAAAUCCAAGGGCAGCAAUUACAACGAGUUGGUGGAGGUGGAUCACCACCGAUCCAGCAGCUCACAGGACCGCAACCACAAAGAGUGGGUUCAGGUAGACCACAAUUCCAACAGUUCCAAGGGCAGCAAUUGCAACGAGUUGGAGGUAGUGGUUCACCACCGGUUCAAUUGGCUGGACCCCAAGUACAAAGAGUGGGAUCUGGAGCGCCACAAUUCCAACAGUCCCAAGGACAACAACUGCAACGUGUUGGAAGAGUGGGAUCAUCACCAAUUCAACAGGUCGGAGGACUCCAAGUACAAAGAGUGGGAUCUGGAAGGUCACAAUUACAGCAGUUCCAAGGACAACCAUUGCAACGUAUUGGAGAGGGUGGAUCACCACCAACUCAGCAGUUCGCCGGACCUCAACCACAAAGAGUGGGAUCAGGUGGGCGACAAUUCCAGCAGUUCCAAGGACAACAAUUGCAACGAUUUGGUGGAGUUGGAUCACCACCGAUUCAACAGGUCGGAGGACAACAAUUACAACAAGGAGGACCGCCGAUUCAGCAGUUCAGAGGGCAGCAAGUACAAAGGAUAGCUGCGGGUGGAGCACCACCUCCAAACUUGCAAAGACAACAAAUUCAACAAUUCGCUGGACCGCCGCCCCCGCAAGUAUGGGAACAUCAAUAUGACAGACCCGUGUUAGACAGCCCAGAAAUAAACUUUAACACAGUAAAUAGUUCGUCAUAUGGUUGGCAGCCGACCAACUGGCAAUAUGUGGGAAAAUGA